AUGAAGAGACGUAAUGCCGACUGUGGCAAAAUUCGACGGCCCAUCAAGAAAAAUAAAAUAGCAGAACAGAUUGGCAGCAACACACUGCUCUACGUGAAAUUCCUGCUACUAUGGGCGUCCGUGAUAACCGCCGACUUUCUGUUGGAGUUUCGCUUCGAAUUCCUUUGGCCGUUCUGGCUCCUACUCCGCUCAGUUUAUGAUUCUUUCAAGUACAAGGGACUGGCCUUUUCCGUGCUGUUCGUCUGCAUAGCGAUCACUUCCGAUUUGGUGUGUCUAUUCUUCAUCCCCGUUCAGUGGCUCUUUUUCGCUGCCAGCACCUACGUUUGGGUGCAAUACGUUUGGCACACGGAUAAAGGUAUCUGUUUGCCGACGAUAAUACUUUGGAUACUGUUCGUGUACCUUGAGGCAGCCAUUCGAUGGAAGGAUAGUCGUAACAUACCACAUCUCGAUCUUUGUCGGCCAUUUGCUGCCCACUGCAUCGGCUACCCUGUGGUUACGCUCGGUUUCGGUUUCAAGAGCUACGUCGGCUAUUGCAUCCGGCAGCGCAAACAGCGAGAGGUAGCGAAGGACAAUGACUUCUACAUGCAGCUGCUACAGGAAGCGUUGCCCAAAGAUGAAUCCACGCUACUCGACCAAGUGCCGGGCGACGGGUCGAGUGGCACAGGCUCGGAGCAACAGUUACAGAAAGAUCUGAUCGUCGUGACGGCAACGACCACGUCGAUCACGGCAUCGGCAGUGUCAAUGUCGGGCACGUUACUAAACAGUAUGAACACCAGUAGCAGUAGCACCGCCAGCAGUAGUCGAAGUGAUGCUGGCCAGAAUCAUCACCAUCAUCAUCCGCACAAUCAUCACAACCAGCACCACCACAACCACCAGCAGCAGCAACAACAACCGAAUACUCAUAGUAAGAGUGCUCAAAAUCACAAAUCUCCGAGCAAUAGCACCGUGUCGACGUCGCAUGUUAAUGGGCACGUGAGUAGCGGCAGCUCGCCAUCGGUCAACACUAGCGCGAUGAACGGUGGCCUUAACCACCAGCCAUCGUCCGGGCAGGGCUCUUCCAAGCACAGGAAAAGUUUGGACAAGGACAGCAGUAGCACCUCUUCGUCCGCAUCGAGCACCUCAAAUGGAAGCGUCAAAGGGAGUAAUGGUGGUGCUGGUGGUGGAAGCGGGAACUUUUCCUAUCAUCAGGCCAUCGCCACGUUUCCACAAAGCAACGGUGCAACGGGCAGUACUGCAUCGAGCGUCGCCGCUACUGUCACCGCCAGCAGUACAAAGGAGAUCAGCGUAUCCGGGGCGCCUCAGCGUGGGAACGACCAUGGCAGCAAUCACGUAACCAGUGGCCCGACGGUGAAGGACACGAAGGAAUCUCCCAGUGCGGCGUCCGUCGGGCAGAAUCGCAAAGACAGUGACAAGGAAGCGACCGGAAGUUCCGUAACGACCCCUCCGACUGGCGUUCGAAGCGCGAACGGUGUGGCCAACCGUUCCAAAAGCCCUGCCGAUGGUCCGUCGCCGUGCACGGGCAAAGCUGUCGGUAAACAGGUGAACGGUCAUGUUCCGAACCUAGAACCAUCGCAGGUGCAGCCACCCAACGCGGCGCCCAAUGGCCUGAACGGGGAAAGUAGCCCGGUCACCGUCCCGGUAAUGGAAGCCAAAAGCAGUCGGUCGGGGCGUAAGAAUCGUCUCAAGCAGCAACAGAAAGCUGCGGAUCAGGCGAACAUUUCGACGAUUGCAAAAAUUUUCGCUACUCUGGGGCUGGCCUCUACCGUUACGACCUUAACGACAGCGACUACGAGCACCGCUUCCGGAAGUAGCACCACGAACAGUGCAAACUUCGGUGGAACCACGUCAACAACCGCAACCGACUGUGGGGCGGUACCGGGCUCCAAGGAUGGUCGAGAAGAUGGAGCAGGAGGAGUGCCGAGUGGCCACGAGAGUUCAGCCUCGGCACGAGGCGCUUCUGGUAAUACUCAACAAAGCACGCCGGACGCCGGAGACGCGGCGCAAUCGAAGCCUCCCGCCAAUGGGCCACCAGUUCCUUCGUCGCCGACCGUAGUAAUGGUGCAGAAAGCAUGUGAGACUUGCCCGCGGCUAGAGGGUGACCUCAAGAAGGUGCGAGCGGAAGUAGCAGCACAUCGACAGGCGGAGAACGAACUUCGCCAAAAGUACGACACGACAGCCAGCAACCUGAAGGGGUGCUUGCAAGCGAAACAGAAGGAUUGUGACGAACUGCAGAGCAGAUACCAAGAGCUGAGUAACCAGCGGCAGCAGGAGCGCCAAAGUUUACAAACCGUCGAACGACGGCUGGGCGAAGAACGACGACUGCGCCAAUCGCUGGAAUCGCAGCUUGGCAACGAGCGAAAGCACCGAAAGCUGGCCGAGGAGCGAGUGUCCCGAGGGGAGUGCAGUGAGGCGUGCAUGGCUAAGAAGCGCCAAAUGCAGCUCGAGCUCGAAAAGCUGAAGCACGAGCUGUUGAGCUCCGAAGAAUCGAAACACCUGGCCGAAAAGCAGACGCGCAGCUUCGAGCAGGAGAUGAGAAAGUUCGAAGUGCAGUUACGCAACCGUGAAUCGCAGCAAAAUACGGAUGUGCUAAUGAGUGCGCUGGCCGCGAUGCAGGACAAGAAUGCGACGCUCGAGAAGAGCCUGUCGGCCGAAACGAGAGUUAAGCUGGACUUAUUCUCGGCCCUGGGCGGUGCUCGACGAGAGGUGGACAUUCUAACCUGUUCACUGCGCUCGAAAGAAAAUGAAAUUCUCGAUCUAAACGCAAAGAUCGUGGAGCUCGUUGCGGUGAUGCCGACGAUGCCGGACGAUACUCUCUGUCUGACGGGUCCGGUGGGCAGUGGCACCGGGCAGGACGGCGGGCCGAGCGCGUCGAUGAUGCGGUUGCCCGAUGCACCGCAACUCCUUCCGCAACCGUUGAGCGGCGGACUGAACGGGGUCGGUGGUGCUGGGAGCGGUGGCACGGGGCAGCAGCCGAGCCCGAUGUCGCACAUGGUACUGAAUGGGCAACCGUUGAUCGGUCAAUUAGGUGGCGGUCUCGGUGUGCUGACGUCCACGAUGACGACCGUUUCGUCCUCGAACUCGGUCUGCCCACCGCCCGGUGUCACUCUGGCCUCUCUCGCUUCCGGUGCUGGCAGUGGUGGCGGCAGCGUGGGACAAUUAGUACAAAUGCAAAGUACGAAUCAGGGCAACGGGAACUGUCCUUCCGGUUUGGACCCGAACGCGACCGUCUACACGCCCAAGAACAAUGGCAUGGUGGGCGGUACCGAGGCCUGACCGCUUGAGUUAUCGUUUCUUCCGCCGAACGGGGUGUCCUUUGCGCCGCCGCAUGCCCCCGCCGGCAGUCCAGUCAGUGGUGCGAACAGUAUCAGUGCAAGUGUGGCGAACCUUGCUCAACAGCUCAGCGCACACCACAGCCAGCCAGGCUCCGGAGGGGCCAACCUUCUAUCGUCCUCACAUCCGUCGGCACUGCUUUUGGCCCACCACCAUGCUCCCAAUCCGUACCAGCAGCAUCAGCAUCUACAGCACAACCACCAUCAUCAUCUUCAACAGCAGCAGCAGCAGCAGCAUCGCCAGCACCAAUCGCCGCACGAUCCUUUCGGUUAGUUAGUUUUUUUUGCUUUCACUUAGUUCCUUCAUAAGAGGCCGUUCGAUGUCUCUAAACUAAAUUACGUUGGAGAUCUAUUGGAUCUAGGGACACAAGCAGCACCUUCAUCGGAUAACCGUCUCCGCUAAACGCAGCGAUUCGUUCGGUGUGUUCUAUUUUACGAUUUUAAAUUUGAAUCCAAUUCCACCAAUCGGUUUCGCUGUAGUUUAAUAUGAGUUUUUCCCGUCGGUGUCUGCAGCGUUGUGACUCGGACAAGUCGUUUGCUUUAAGCUUCUUUGCUGUCCUGCAUGGGCCAUCCAUUCGCCUGAAAAGCCAUUUAUUUCUUAGUUUCGAGCAGUGUGGAAGAAGGCGCAUUCGAUCGCUGGCAAAGUUCCGUUACUGCAUUCUACACACCCGCAUACACAAACACACAUACACACACACACAAAAUCAUCGAUCUCAAUGGGAAAUCUCUCGAUAUCAUCAUCCCUGUUCUCUGGUUCGUACGCUCUCCGCAGUUUCGUCCGUUUCUUAGCUUCGUAGCGUAGCUGAUUAGUUGGUAAUUUACUUGCGUCCUGCAUCACUCUAAUGCUUCUGUGCGUUUCGUUUGUCGCCAGCAUAACCCUGACGUUCAGAAUUGCGUCUUCGUGGUACUUAAUCAUCCGUUCUCCACAACAAAAUCCCGCUGUUCGUCCCUUUUUUUUCAUUUCGAACAUUUUAUUUCCUAGUAACACCCGAACCAUCUUGCCGUUUCAGGCUGUCGUAUUGGUUAGUGAUUAUUCUUCUAGUUUCUUCGUGCCUCUGCCUCGGUCUUUGCAUACCGUAAUACCUUCCUGUCUUCUGAAGGUGUUUUUGUCUUCCUUCGAAUUCUUGAACGAAUCUAUUCGUUUAACAAACUAAUUGUUUUCGUUGUUGCCCACUGCCUUACGACAGUCCCUCAAAAUAUGCCUCUUCAUUCUAAGCAUUGGCUUUGUUUCAAUUAGAGCUGCGCGAGUGCAGCGUAAUUGGUUUGGACCUGACGGCGUGCACCGUUUACCCUUUGUUGACGAGGAAAAAGGCGCUUGAACAACUGGGAAAAAGGAGAACGCUGACGUAAUGUUGUGAUAUCCAUACUUGACUUGAAACAUAUACACGUUCAAUAUAAAAUAUACCUACAUGUACUGUGUUUUAAUUAUUAAACGUAAUGUUAGAUUAUUUAGACGCCUAAUUCGUGCGAACAUAGGACGAGAUUCAGCAAAACGAACAGACACAUGUCCGGAGAGCGCUCUUCUGCGGUUAGAUAUGUAUUAUUUGGCAAAUCAUCGCAUGUUUGGUAGCUUCCCCUGCGCGUAGAGAUACUGCCUCACCCUUUCGUUUCGUUGCGUUUGCUAUCGAAUUUCGAUCUCCAUUGGGUUAUCAUUAUGUUGCCAUGCUGCAGAGCACCAUCCAAAACGGUGAAACGGCGAACAACAUGGAAGAUCAGAUCAGAGCUCAGAGUUCUUACCUAACACGAUAUUAACGCCUCUUUUAAAAGCCGACCAGUAUUGGCAGAUGGACAGUUUGUGCACGUUAUUGAAUGAACGACGUAAAAGGACGAAGGUUUAAUAACUCGCAGAACGGUAGAAGAAAACGCAAACCUGUACGCGGCGCCCUGUAACAUGAGACCGUGUUGCUGGGGCGAUCAAGGGGCGCGACUUUAUGUUUUGUGUAACACACGAGUGAACACAAAAAGAAGGGGAAAGGACGAAGGAACUGUAAAAAAAGUAAAAGCAAACACGCGCAAAAGAUGUAUUAUACGUGACUUCAAGCGAAGAGCAUGAAAACUCACACACACACACACAACAAGUACUAACAACUAUUGAGAUUGAUAAAAGAUAAACUGUAAAAGAAUGAAUACCACAUUAACGGUAAUCACGCGACAGGAAACCCGUGAGAAGGUGAUAAAAAUGCAAGAAAAUGAAAAGAAUG